AUGUAUCCUAGACCGUCAAAGAGAUCGCAUCCACCGCAUCGUCGCGAAACGAAUCAUAAUUCUCAAUCAUCUCGAAGUGGUCCUUCAACGUCAUCCAAUUCAUCAACUACCACUCAAAUCCCGCCUAUAGCUUAUAUACAAGCUUAUGAAGCUCAAUUGGUGUACAACCAACAUGAUAUAGCUAGCGAAGUAGCUUCGAGAGAUACUAGAUCUGGCUUAGGACUGAUACGAUAUGCCGGAGAGUUGGAAGUGGAUGAUCAAGAGAGAGAAGGAGAAGGAGGAGUGGAGGAGAGGGGAGUGUGGGCUGAUAGACACGAUAUAAUUCAUCUUUUACCUUCUCUCACCGUUCCCAUUUCAUCCACAUCUCGAUAUACCCCAUCAUCACCAGCAUCCUCAUCUUCUUCUUGGAACUCAUUACCUUCCGAUGUAGAAGAGACUUUCUACCUGUCCGAUCCAGAAGAAAUUGAAGCUCACGAGAUUAAGAAGAAGAAGAAAUGGAUCGAAGCUCUGAGGAACGAACGAUUGAAAGAAAGAGAGAGGGAGGAUAAUAUCCAUAUCUCGGAACAGAAACAAGGUUGGAAUGAUGAUGAAGAGCCACCAGAACCUAUAUUAGCUUUGAUGCAACAUACAGCCAAAGCAAUAUCAAUAUCACCUAAUCCGUCAAUACUGGAAUUGAGGAUAUUGACAAAUCAUUCUAAAGAUGAUCGAUUCCUCUUCCUCAAGGGACAAUACAAGAAAACUUGGGAAAAGGUCAAAGAUGAUUUGAGGAAAAAGAACGACGAAGAGAAAAGGAAGCAAGAGAAAAUAAAAGGUUUAGGUGGAUUGGGCAAUUAUGCAAGUGAUAGUGAUAGUGAUAGUGAUGAAAGUCAGAACGAAGAAGAGGGAACACCUCCACCAUCUCCACCAUCUCCACCACCACCACCGCCAAAAGAAGAGGUGAUACCUCCGGCUCCGGAGGAUACGAUACUGCCACCACCUCCUGAAGAUGAAACACUACCGCCUCGCGAGACAGGUCACACAGUACUGCCUGGUCAAAGGCACGAGAGCUUGGUGACACAGGUAGACGACGAAGAGGAGAAGAAGAGACUAAGGAGGGCGAGAAUGGAAGAGUGGAAAAAGAAAAGAGCAGCUGAGAAGGAAGCUUGA